GGGUUAUUCAAUGUGGAGUGACCCUGCUGUAGUCAUGUUAGAUAUACUGCUUUAGUUUCUGGAAUAGUGCUACGAAAUGGUCAAGGUAUGUGUUAUUGGAGCAGGUGUCUCAGGCUUGGCAUCCAUCAGAUGGUGUCUGCAAGAAGGGUUAGAUGUCACAUGUUAUGAAAAACGCCCCUUAGUAGGUGGGUUAUGGUGUUUGGAAGACGAGGCGUCGCGUCUUGAUGCAAAUAAUCCAAUCGACAUUGAAUGUAGACCUUAUGCAACAUGCUACACGAAUGACGAUAAAGAGGCAUACUCAUUCUCCGACUUUAGGUUUCCAAAGGAUGCUCCAAUCUACAUACCCCGGCGAAAAGUCGGUCAAUAUUUGGAAGACUAUGUCGAUCACUUUCAUUUGAGACCACGUAUCAAACUAAACACGAGUGUAAUAAAAGUAAAAUGUAUAAGCAACGGUCCUGAAUGGCAGGUGACAACAAAACCAGUUACCGAUACAAGCCAUGUUGCUACAACCGAAAUGUUUGAUGCAGUUAUUAUAUCAAAUGGCUUUAUGAAUCGUCAAUACAUACCUGAUAUCAAGGGACUGGAUGCAUUCAAAGGACGUAUAAGUCACACGGGAGAUUACUACAGACCUGAUGUAUUCCGGGACAGAAAUGUCCUAAUAAUAGGAGGAAGUAGUUCAGCCAGUGAGGUAGCAAGUGAUAUAAGCAGAGAAACAUCACAAGCAUACUUAAGUGCGAGGAAUGGGCUCUGGCCCUUAAACCGCUUAUAUGGUGGAAUACCUGCGGAGACACUACCUAUAUGGUCAAGAUAUACAACUUGGCGCUACAAUGUAAGUGAACUAGAUAAGGUAUAUGGCGGAGGCGUGCGCAAAAGAUUCAAUUUCAAAGACUACAGUAUGGAGCCUAAACGUGGACUUCUGAGAAUGGCCAUUGCUAUAGGAGACGAAAUUGAAUUUCGCAUUGCGGCAGGGGCAUUAAAGAUGAAGGGAGAAGUCAAGGAAAUAACAGAGACCGGGGCAAUAUUUCAAGAUGGCAGUCGUAUAGAUGACAUUGAUGAUAUCGUGUUCGCAACUGGCUUUAACCCAUCUGCUGAGUUUCUGGAUGAUGAUCUCGGCACAUUAGAGACAAUGGAUCUCUACAAACACAUGAUUCCAGUGAACGACGACUCGCGGUCCCUAUUUUUCAUUGGCAUAGCUAAUGUUCUUGGUCCAAACAUUCCAACGUUUGAGUUACAAGCCAGAAUAGCUGCAAGAGUCAUAUCAGGAAAAUUGGAAUUACCAUCCAAGGCAGUUAUGCAAAGGAUUUUGGAAGAGGAUCGCAGUAGACUUCGAGAAAGAUUCGGGAAUGAGUUAGUUGAAUACGAGAAAUUGGAAUGGUAUCCACCUUAUAUUGAGAGCUUGGCUGAUAUCCUUGGUGUGAGACCAACACCUUGGAGGAUAUUCCUCCUCUACUUCACGGAUCCGAAACUUGCGUAUGAGCUCAUGUUUGGCAGGCCACUCCCUGUUAGCUACAGAUUAUACGGGCCUCAUUCCAACUGGGAUGAAGCACGGAAAGGUGUCAUGGAAAGCAAGGAAAACCUGAUGAUACCACUGAGGACCGUGAAAUAUGAUGAGGAGACAAACGGAGUUAAGAACGGAGUUAAGAACAAAGUGGUUGCAGCUAGUAUUGUUGUUGGGAUGUCGGCUAUCCUGUUGAUGUAUAAAUUUGACAAGUUGCCUUUUAUAUCACUAUUCAUCAAAUCACUUUGA